AUGCUACCACGAGAGGCAGUGCUUUGGACAAUUUCAGAGGUGGAUGUGUUCUUGGGCAGCCUGGGUUUCAUUCGGCCUGGCCGAGAAUCUUCCAUGAUGCGCAGCUCUAAGAGGCUUGUCCGGGCGGUCCGCGGUGGCUACAAACCGCUGGAAUUUCGUUGCGCACCCAGUGAACCCCGCAGAUACAAGAGCCAAGCUCAAACAUGCCAGACUCUCCAGAGCAGUUUCUUGGAGCCUUUAUAG